CACGUGUGGACGGGGCCUCAGUUAUUUGUAGCCUGAUGAAAGCACCGGAGAUGAUUUGGGAUAAGGUUGAAGGUGUGCGUUAUUUAUAGCAAAAUGCCUCUCACGUUUUGGUGUAUUUAAUUACAUUACUAUAUAGCCACAAAGCAUUCCUGUUUUGAAGGCGUUAUUGUUUUUCUUUAUUUAAAUGAAACCGGUAACGAGCAGGUUGGUGCCGGUCUUGCCGGGAUCUUGUGCUGCUCUCUUGUUGUUUUCGGAAGAAGCUCCAACUACAGCUGUGACAGGACCUGACAGCGUUGCACGUUCCCUGGCGACUUUAACGAUUCCGUAAAAAUGAAAGUAAAAAGCACAACCUGUCUUCAUCUAAAGAAGACUGAAGACACAACAGAGACAGGACAACCAAGUAAGAGAAAACUGCGACAGCCAGACACUUGGUGGUCUUGGGUCGUGUGUGCGGCUGGAGUCACUUGUAACAUCAUCGUAAUUGGAUGCACGUAUUGCUUUGGUAUUAUUUUUCCUUCUCUUCUUGACGAGUUUAAGGCAGGAAAAUCCAAAACAGCAUGGGUUGGAUCUCUGGCAGUGGCAUCCGCUGGUCUUUUUGGUCCCGUAGCUGGACGACUCACCGACCGAUUUGGCGCACGCGCAGUGGUUAUUAGUGGAGCGGUGUUGAGCACCAUCGGUCUCCUAUUGACUUCUUUAGUUCCCAGUCUUUAUCUUAUGCUUUUGACUUACGGAGGAAUCUUUGGGUGUGGCUCAAGCCUCGUUUACAUUGCCGUUUUCGAGAUUGUGCCUCGGUAUUUUGUGAAGCGACGUUCGUUAGCCACAGGGUUAGUAACUAUGAGUACGGGAGCUGGAUUACUUGUAAUGAGCCCAGUGUGCCAGGCUCUCAUUGAUGCAUUUGGCUGGAGAGGAGCCUUUAGAGGCAUGACUUGUAUCGUUUUCAUCAUUUUCUUCAUCGGCUGGGCAUUGGAUCCUAAUGUGGCGAGCGACCAAGCCGAAAAAAGUGUUCAAGAAAGUGAAGACUCCAGACGAAUUCUGGAUUUGACAAUGUGGAAAAAUAUCACUUUUGUCGUCCUUAAUAUCACAGGUGUUUUUGUAUACAUUGGUCACUCCAUACCUCCUGUCCUUCUCGCCCAGUACUGUGAGGAUCGUGGUAUCGCCGCUGACUUGGUAACCUGGCUUUAUUCGUCCAUUGGACUGGCAAGUCUCGUGGCCAGGAUAUUGGGUUCCAAGCUUUGUGACGUCAUGAGUCCUCCAAGAGUGUUCCUCAUAUUUGCGACAGUCGCUACAGUGGCGACUAUGAUGUUGCCCUUAGCAACCAACUGGAUGUGGCUUCUUUGUUAUUGCAUAGCUUAUGGUCUUGCAGAUGGCCUGAUGACGAUUGGAAUAAUUCUUUCAGGUUUGCAAACCCUUACACAGAAACAAAAAGCCCAAGGAUUUGGUUUUCAACAGUUGUGUAUUAGCACGGCUUUCUUGUACGGCCCACCAAUUGGAGGUUUGGUUGCUGACAAAACCAAGUCGUAUCAUGCAACUUUCUUCUCUGCGGGUGGCAUUGAGACUGUCGGACUGUUGAUUUUACUCAUGUUUAUUUGUCUUAAGAGAAGCAAUUUAACAGAGAAAAAAUUCCAAAACAAUUCAGAAAAAUCUUCUUUUACUGAACUGCUUGUCGUAGACAGGGAAACUGUUUUGUAAAUGUGUAUCAAAAUUAACAAAAAUUUCCUUGCGGCGCCUUUAAUUUACGGGUACUGGGUAAAUUGUUAAUAGGUUUUUGUUGUUGUGACAUAAGGCCCUGAAUUUGUAUCUUUAAAUAUUAGUUUUGUCAAAUACUACUAGUUACGACACGAGUAUUAAAUGAUUUGAAAUAUACAUUAAAUAGUUUUUACCAGAAACUUUAACGACUGCUGCUUCGUUCAAUUUUGUUAGUCUCUAGCGGACUUCUGGCCAGGUUUUCAAGAAGCACCAUUCUUUAAGGUCGGCACACACUAGGAUAUAUGUUGCGGGGACCUGAAGCGAGACCCCCGUCCAGUUUUCUUCGUGUAACACCCGAAGUUCUGUUGUGGGGAUAAAUUUUUUCCCGUAACAUGUUGCACUGAGGAAAUUCCGUCACUUCGAAUUCAUGCGUAACGAAUUGGGGACAAAAUGACCUUAAUUUUCAAAGUCGCAUCGAUUGCACUGUUCUUGCAAGAUCUCCCCGCCACAACUUACUUCUAUGCCUCAAUCCGCUUCGUGCCCUGUCCAUGCAAUAUGCAUCCUAUGGCUAUACACAACAGGGUUUGUCCCGCCCGCAACACGUCCCCUGGUGAACUUUUCGAAAUUCCCUGAAUUCCUUAUCCGUUAAUGAACCUAGUGAAUUAGUCUAAUCAGCCCUAGAAUUAGAGACACUAGAAUUUCAGCUUUUCUCCCCCAGCCCAGUACAGCUUGUUUACAGCCGCUUCAGUCACCCAAUAAAACCCAAUAAAUUAUCCGUCAAUUCCGGCAUCAGUAUCAGCUGGAUAGAAUGCCAAAAACGAGAAGGUUUAAAAACCACCAAUAUGACCAAUCACUUGGAGAACACUCGUUUCCGCGCAACACUUCAUA